AAAAAAGUGGUGUCAAGAGGGAGGGGGCAGUUCUUUGUGGGAACAAAAGUGGAUGCGGUGGAAGGAGUUCUCUUCAGAGAGGAUUCGCCAGCAAGUGCUUGCGAGACGUUCGAGGGGGACGAAAGAGGGAGCCGAACACGUGAAAGAACUUCUAGAGAAUCAAGAUGCAGAACUUAACACUCCUCCUGCUGGCCUUGUCGAUGGACUUCCUAUUAGCCGCCUCUGUGAAUCUGUUAACAUCUCGACCUCCUGUCACGAAAACCCGUAUUCGCUACAUCGGUGUCGAUGAUGAAGACUACGGGGAUGAAGAAACCUCCAAGCUCACAUCGAAAGCCCCUGAAAAGCCUGGGGCCACAACCACACAGUUUACCCCUCAAGAGUGUGAAUAUGACCCCUGUGUGGUCCCCAAAGUUCCCUGUUCGGUGAUUGCUGCCCAUACUAAGUGCUACUGUCCUGGAAUUACUGGUCCAGAUGAAUGGCCUUCAGCGCCAGAUAUCAAAGAGCUGAAACAGGGUGAAUCUGGAAUGGUGGAGGUCCAUUGGUGCGCGCCACAAUCCACAGUCACCUUCUACAAAGUAAUCACAAAUGACGGCAACGAGCCGCAAAUAUUCAGCAACUCUUCCCGCACUGGGCUGCUACAGGGAGUGAAGGUUGGAUCACGAGUAUGUGUGGUGGCGGGGAAUAAUGUCGGAUUGAGCACUAGUUCAGAAACAUCAUGCACUUUCUUCCAGCCUCAUAAGUCCAAUCGGGAACUUGAGAUGUCAUGGGUCAUCGCCGGGGUCAUCGGCCUUUUGCUGGCCUUGGUGCUGGCUGCGGUGUUGCUGUGGAGAUGGAGGAGGGGUAGGAAGAAUGGAAGCGUGGAUGGUGAAGGACUAAGAAAUCCAUCCUACACUACAAAUGAAACCCUGUGAUUGGACAUUUAAAGUACUUGUUUAUAGGUGUAAGCGGCCAGAUGAUCCGAGUAACUCUGACGAAGGCUCUUAGACGCAUUAACCUAAACAUAUCUCGCAAACCACGCAUCACGGGGACAAUGCAGAAAAAUAAAAAAACACUACAAGAACCAAAAAACAAGACGGACGUCAUACACUAUGGACAAAUGAUUGGAAUUGGACAGAUUGGUCAAAUUUGAAGCCCUGUCGAAGGAAAGUUGGAAUGCACGCAUUGGAUAUUAAAGAUGCAAAUCCUCAAAUAAGGAUAUUUUUGUUUAACCAACUAUGUCAUAGACUUUUAAGCCAUUACUGACUAUAGUUUGGUAAAACAACAAUAUCCUUGUAGGAGCACUACUGUCUUGUAAUUACUGGUCCAGACAAGUGGCCUGCAGCAUUGUUUCACCAAACUAUGUCCUUGACUUUCAAGUCUAUAGUUGGGAUAACAUUGAAAAUAUAGGGGGGUCCAGGUGUUAAUCUUAUCCUGAUUCCACUUUCAACUGGUUUUCAAUGAACUAAUGAGUGUGCCUUUUAUUGGGUUACAAUGAAAAUCUGCAGAGACAUUUUGCUCCUGUAGCUCAAUGCUGUUAAUGCUCGAUGGGUCAGGACUGCUUUAGCAGCAAAAGGGGGACCAACACAAUAUUAGCCGGGUGGUCACAAUACUCUCUGAACAGCUGUUCUCUUGAACAGCGAGUUUACAAAAUAGAUUUUUGAUUUGUCCACCCCUGCAUGAACCUAUUAUGCAUUAUUUACCACUAUAAUUCUAAGUUAACGUAAACAGCAGCAGUAGGAAGUCUGUGGAGGUUAUGUACAAAUGACUAAGUCUAUAAAAGUGCCCUUUUUUUUAUCACAAUUCAGACUCCACUGAGUCCAUUAGGAAAUGAUGCACUGCGAUCUAACCUUGAAGAGAGGGCAAUAUGCCUUGCGGAGUCCAGUUAAGGACAUGAAGGAGAAAUCAACAUGGACUAAUAAACAGAAUAUAAGAGUGGCGGAAAAGAGCCUAGACCCGAAAUAACCUGAUGUACCAUCUCCGAGUUAGCAACAGAACACUUAGCGACCCUGCUGAGAGCUAGUCAACAUGUUACAGAAGUUGAAAGGCAUUUUAAAUUAUAGUCUUUUUUUUUUUUUUUUUUAUGACAUUAAUUCCACUAAUGGUGCUGGAACAUCAAGGAAGCCUGGAGCUUCUGUGAGCCUUUGUAGAGAAAGAUGUAUUACAAAUUUUGUAAAUGCUCGCUUUUCCUCCUGCUAAUUCCUAUUUUUGUAAUAAUAAAACCAUUUCUAUAGAAAAA